CCCGGCAUAUUUACAUAUCUUUCCUUGUGUGCACCGAAGCGUUUACGGAAUACCCGCUUGUGGCUGUAUAAGUAGCGUCAGGUCCUUCUACUACUACUCUACAAGGGCAGGUUUCUGGACACAGGAAAAUACCAACAGUAUUGAUCAAAAAUGGCGGCGCCCGUGUAUAAUUACGCAUAUCCUUCUCAGGGACAACACGGGCAGUAUAACCCAGCAUUUCAGUAUGGAUAUCCACAGCAGGCACCUCCCAGCUACCAACCUCCGGCACAGCCCAGUGCACUGCCGAGGGAAGCCAUGCAGGUUGGAGAUCUGGAGUUGGAUACCUCGGGGCCGGGCUCAGUCUAUAACCCCCCUGACGGUGGCUGUCGGGCGUGGAUGAUCGUGCUGGCCUGCUUCAUCAUCAAUAUGUGCAAUGCUGCUGUGAUUAUGCUGAUAACUCUUGUUUUCAAGGGAUUUCGCAGAUGAAUUUGGUAGUGAUAAAGCGAAUGACAUCCUAGAAGCAUUUGAUGCUGUUCGAAAAUUAGGAGUUGUGGUGGCCGCUAUCCUCAUGGUGCCUUUAGGAUACCGUAUCGUAGGUAUACUGGGAUGUCUAAUGUACGGAGGAGGUCUAUUUGUGUCGUCCUGGCUCACUAAAGAUCAGGAAGACUUCGCUGCCUUCUGUUUAGGAGGACUAACCGGUCUCGGGUCAGCCUUCCUCCUCCUUACAGCCAUAGUUCCUCCACUGGAAUACUUUGCAACAAAGAGACUACGCGCCAUCGGUAUUGUAAGAGCUGGGGAGGUCCUCGGUGUCAUCGGAAUGCUUCUUUUGUCCUUAGCACCAACAUUCAACAAAGAUAUUGAACUAAAAUUCAAAUGGGAACACAACUUCCGGUAUCAGUUGAUCGCGAUAGGUGUCGCUUUCUUUUGUUGUGCCACCCUCACGCCGCUUGAAUUGAAGAGCUCCGACAGCAGGACAAACUACGUAGGUCGCAUCGUUGGCAUUGUGGAUUGGAAGUUGUUCAAGGAUUUGGUGUUGUACUUACUACUCAUCCUGAUCUUCCUGGACCAAUUUGGAAAGCCGUUGCCACUUAAUCAAUACCAAAAGUUAUUGGGCGAAGUUGAAAUUGAUGACAAUGAUACAGAGGAAAUAAUUGAGAGAUUGAUUGCGGUAGUGGUUCCGUACCUUGGCGAACUAGCCGGACUGAUCGUGAUGGUUCUGUGUUGCUGUUGGAAGGACCGGGAAAUAGGCACUGUCCUUAUAACCAUUGGAGUAAUUAACAUCUUGGCAGGUGUACUUGGUUGUGUUGCGCCGUCCCUCAAAACCGUCGGACUGGUGGCAGGAUUUGGAGCUCUCUUUGGGUUCAGCAAAGGAAUAUUUAACUCGCUGCUGGAUAAUACUAUACCGGAUACGUUUGGUAAAGGACACGUCCGUAUCGUUGAAGGAUUGUUUGGGUUGAUGGCUGGUAUCGCUGAGUUGGUGGUAACCCCCGCAGAAGAGGAAAUAUUGGAUACUGAGGAGAAGGAUCCAUGGAAGUUGUCAUUUUACAUCGGUGGAGGUAUUGUUAUCGCUUCCGGUAUAGGGGCCAUCUUGACACGAUUCAAAGAGCCGCAGGAGUAUAAAUAGAUUUGGCGUCACUGCAGUUCAGAUUGUUUAUAUAUUAACACCGACAAGAUAAUUGUGUUGAUUUGUCUGCUGCUUGUGAAAUGUACACAACUUAUUAUCCCAUGUAUCAUUUUAUUUUAAAUAUUUAUUUAAAGAGUCUUCGAAAAACAAUUUAACAAAAUGUUGGAUUGAGGUUAAAUCAAGUUUUAGCUUUUAAUUUGAUUAAUAAACUUUAAUCUAGAUUCUUCUACGGGCAUAGCAACCUAAUGAUAUUCAUUCGUCAUAAAAUAUUGAGUAAAAAUAUGAUUAACAUUUGUGUCUUUUACAUUGAUAAAAUAAUAUAUGAAUAUAGUGACAUUUCUAUCAUAUACGGGAUAGUACCAUAUAUGACGGUAACUUCAUUAUUCAGGCAUGUAAGUCGUUUAAUUUAGAUUAAUCGUCCAUACAAUCUAUAUUGAACGUUGAAACAUUCUAUCCCGAUAUGGUCCUAAGCAAGCGACAAUUUACGGUAAUGGAAUUUAAAUCUAUAAUUGUACGUAUGCUGAUGACCUUUCACCUUAAAUAACUGUCUCCUCUUCAAUGUCCAGAAAGGAAUGUUAGGUAAAGGAUUAUAUCGUGAAUCGUAACAUAUUGAGGAAUGAACGUAAAGGAGAAAAACUUAAUUUACUGUUUAAGUAUAUGAAUAUGGUUCCAAUUUGCAAUCGUUUUCUCUGUUUAACGGCAGCUAGUGAUACUGAUUCGUAGAAAUACACAUGGCUAAAGGAAUUCUGGCUGGCGAGAUAAAAAUGCAUUGAGCAACAUAUUUUGUAAAAGUAAAGAUGUUGACGCCAUAUUCAAAUUCAUAUUUUUUUUAAUCAGAUAAACCGUUUUUGAUGCAAUAAUUAUAUUUGUAUAUGAAACAUGUUUUCAAUACCAUACAUCUUGGAAAAUGAAUUUCAAUUGUACUGCUUUUGUCGCCGAUAUAAGAGAAAUUACUUGCAAUAUUAAUGUACACCGUUGAUAUGAUGUAAUGUUUGUUAUAUACAUCACAGGCGUUUGUAUUUUGUUAGCAGGUUAUUUGAAGAAAAAAUAGAUUAGUCCAUACCCCUACUACAUUAACAGAGUGUAUCACUUGAAGAUAGGACGAUACGUUGACUGUGGAAUGGAAGAAGGUUAUCUUUCUCAGAGCUGUUUUAAAAUGGACAGUCUGAUUGGUCGACAACUAUGUACAUGUAUAGUAAGUAUUGUGUAUGGAACUGUCGACCAAUCAGAUUGACGGUUGCAAAACUGCUUCGGUUAUCAUGACCGAUUUUGGUUCAUUUUUCAUCUUUAAAUCUUUAACACGACAAAAGAGUAACGAGCAUUGAUAUUUAAGGAUUAUAAACAAAGGUAUGUUUCUGAAGUUUAUGUGGAAUAAUUUUGAUAAUUAAUUGAGAUUGAUUUCAGAAUUCAAAGUGAAUCGAAGCUUAUCCACAACUUUCAACUUUUAUGUGUACAUCUUGUUGAUAAUGUAGGAUGCAGACGACUUUGUAUACAUUAUUUAUGUUCGAUAUUGUAUUCAUCAUAGUUUUACUUAAGCCAGUCUGCCUGUGAUUGUAUCUGUUAAGUUUAUUAGACUUGAAUACAUACUGUACACAUAAUAUGGAAGGUUUGCUGGUGCUUUAGAUCGUGAAUUUUUAGUUCAUAAAUCAAUUUCGUGCAGACAUCCAAGGACACCUUGUGAAGCAUGCUUAAUCUGACGUGUCAACUCGCUUAGUACAUUUUAAUGGUAAAUAUCAAACACGAAAAACGAUACGUCUUUUGCAAACAAACAUUCCACUUUGUACAGUACAUGUCUAUAUUGUAUGUUCAUUAAGAUAUCAUUUUACAAACAAAUAUACUUCACAAUAAAUAUAUUUUUAAUGUAA